AUGGGAGACAGCAAGGGCCAUAUCACAAACGGUACCGCCUUCUGCAUCCUCGCUAUAUGGCACUUCUUCAACCUCCUCAAGCUCCAGCAAGUCCAGUCCAAAUCCAACUCCCGGACCUCCUUACCGGUCUGGUUCCCCUCCUCACCCAUCCGAUAUCUCGAGCUCCUCUUCAUCAUGGUCGCCUCCUCCAUCUCCUUCUACAUGGAGGUCUUCACCGGCUCUCACCACCACGGUCCCCUCGCCGCCGACGGAUCCUUCCUCUCCGAACACAUUCCCCACCUCGAGCACGCCGUAUUCGCCCUAGCAAUCUUCGUUUACGCCUUCGCCGCCUUACUGCUCGAUAAAAUCCCAAAUCCUUCCAACCACGCCUUUACCAACUCACUCGCAGCCGUCGCCUUCGCCGUGGAGCUAUUCACGUUCCACCUCCACUCCACCGACCACAUAGGGCUGGAAGGUCGCUACCACUGGCUUUUCCAGAUCGUGAUCUUCACGACGCUCGCGACGACGCUGCUCGGCAUCGGAUCCGGCGAGAGCUUUGUGAUCGGAUAUUUGAGAUCGAUUAGCUUACUGUUCCAAGGCGUCUGGCUGAUUAACACAGGAUUCAUGCUUUGGACGCCAUGGCUGAUCCCCAAAGGUUGCUUCAUGAACAAGGAGAAGAAGAACGGCCACUCUGCGGUACGGUGCCAUACAGUGGAAGCCUUAAAUCGUGCCAAGGGACUAGCUACUCUUCAGUUCAGUUACUGUGCCUUAAUAAUUGUAAGUUUAACUUUAGCGACUUAUCUGGUGUUUGUUAAGGCACGAGGUUUGAACGGUCAGGAUCAAUCCUCAGCGGAAGGCUGUGAUGAAGUUGAUGCAGAACAGAAAUGUCGCCUCGUUGGUCAGUAG